GGGAUGAGGAGCUUCUCCUGUGAGGAGGAUUAUAUCUAUGAGAACAUCGAGAACGAGCUUUACUUCUUCACCUCUCAGACCAGCCAGGACAUCUGCUGCGUGGUCUUUGCCCUCUUCAAUGUCAUCUGGUCCACCCUCUUCCUCGAGGAGUGGAAGCGCCGGGGGGCCGGGUUUGCCUACAAAUGGGGGACGUUGGACACCCCGGCCGAGUCCAUUGAGGAGCCACGUCCCCAGUUCAGGGGCAUUAAGAGGAUCAGCCCAGUGACCAGUGCCGAGGAGUUUUAUUCCCCCCCGUGGAAGCGGCUGCUCUUCCAGUGCAUGGUCAGCCUCCCCGUCUGCCUCGCCUGCCUCUCCUGCGUCUUCCUCCUCAUGCUGGGCUGCUUCCAGCUCCAGGAGUUCGUGCUGAGCAUCCAGGAGCUGCCCCGGAUCAUCCGUUUCCUCCCCAAAAUCAUCCUGGCUGCCAUCGUCACCACCUGCGAUGAGGUUUACAAGAAGAUUGCCUAUUGGCUGAACGACAUGGGUCGGCGCGGCGGGGAGCCCGGCGGCCCCGAGGACGAGAGCUUCCUGGAGGAGGGCAGCCCCACCAUGGUGGAGAAGGGCAUGGAUCCCGCCGCCGUCUUCGAGCUGUGCGAGGAUGAGGAGGAGGCCGAAGGCGCGGCCGGUAGCCCCGUCAAGGCGGAGGGGAAGGUUCCCGGGAGGAGGAGGAGGAGGGAGGAGGAAGGGAGGAAACGCAACCGGGCAUCGUGGAUCGACCCGCCGGAGGAGGACUACUCCACACAGCUGACCCAGGCGGAGGUGGAGAGCUGCAUGAAGAAGUACGAGGACACGUUCCAGGACUACCAGGAGAUGUUCAUCCAGUUUGGGUACGUGGUGCUGUUCUCCUCUGCCUUCCCCCUGGCCGCCAUGUGUGCCCUGGUGAACAACGUCAUCGAGAUCCGCAGCGACGCCUUCAAGCUGUGCACGGGGCUGCAGAGACCCUUCGGCCAGCGGGUGGAGAGCAUCGGGCAGUGGCAGAAGGUGAUGGAGGCCAUGGGAGUCCUGGCCAUCGUGGUCAACUGCUACCUGAUCGCCCAGUGUGGGCAGCUCCAGCGCCUCUUCCCCUGGCUCAGCCCCGAGGGAGCCAUCAUCUCCGUGGUGGUGCUGGAGCACUUCGCCCUGUUCCUGAAAUACAUCAUCCAAGUGGCCAUUCCCGACAUCCCCGCCUGGGUGGCCGAGGAGAUCGUGACAAAGCUCAUUUCCUUUCAGUCUCUGCACCUCUGGAUCCACCCUGAUCAACGUACAGGUCUCCAUUGA